AUGAUAAAAGGUAUUAAAAGCAUGUUUGACAAUAGAUUCGCGGAGUACGAAAAGGUUAGGGCAGCCAUCCACGACUCGCUUGACGAGCAGGAUGAAGAUGUUUUAAUAGAUAAUCUUUACCUAAAGCUAACCAUUAAAUUCACGCAUCACAUAGACAAUUCAAAUAGUACACAAAAUAAUAGUAAAAAUUGUGUUAAUUCAGCCAUAAAAUUACCGAAUAUUCAAAUUCCAACUUUUGAUGGUAAAUAUAAUAAGUGGAUUAGUUUUAGAGACUUAUUUACAUUCACAAUCCACAAUAAUAUUACUUUAUCGGAUGUCAAAAAACUGUACUAUUUGAAAUGUCAUGUGUCGGGAGAAGCUGCCACUAUAAUUAAUAAUAUAGCCCUCACUGACAAUAAUUACUCUGAGGCAUGGGCUUUGUUAUCUGCAAAAUUUGAAAACACGUGUAUAAUUGCCUAUUCACAUUUACAAAAAAUUAUGGAUAUUCCAACGUGUUCGAAAGUUUCGAGAUUUUGGGAGAUAGAAGAGAUUAAUCACGAGGAAAUUCCAAACUUAGACGAUAGUUUAUGCGAAGAGAAUUUUGUAAAUAACGUAACUAUAAAUAUAAAUGGUCGAUACACCGUAGCAUUACCAUUAAAACCAAAUGCUUCGACAGCUAUAGGCAAAUCAUUGCAACAAGCAAAGCUUACUUAUGGAACUGCUUGUGCGCCAUAUUUGGCUAUUCGUUGUCUGAAUCAACUCGUAUUAGAUGAGGGAGAGAGCUUUCUUUUAGCUUCACGCGCUGUCCAACACGAUUGCUACGUGGAUGAUAUUAUUUCGGGUGCAAAUUCAUUAGAAGAGGCAAUAAAGUUAAAGGAGGAACUAAUACAACUUUUUAAUCGUGGCAAUUUUCAAUUGCAUAAAUGGACUGCUAACAACAGUAGCAUUAUUGAUUCCGUUCCCUUACAAAAUCUCAAAACGAAUGCGUUCAAUUUAACCGAUAAUAAAAAUAUAAUUAAGGCUUUGGGUUUACUGUGGGACCCCAAGAAAGAUGUAUUUCAAAUCUCUUCAAAUGCUUCAAUUCCAUCAUCACAAAGAACAAAGCGCGCCAUUUUAUCAUCUAUUGCCAAAAUUUUCGACCCUCUUGGCCUUAUUUCGCCUUGUGUAGUUUUAGCUAAAUUAAUAAUGCAAGAUAUAUGGCAGCUAAAAACCGAUUGGGAUGAAGUUGUUGAUAGCACUAUUAUGAACCGUUGGCUCGAUUUUGAAAAUAAUAUAAUACACAUACAAAAUAUAAUCAUUCCGCGUCCGUUAUUUGAAUUAGACAAAAUUGAUCGGAUUGAAAUUCGUGGUUUUUGCGAUGCCUCCAUGAAAGCUUACGGAGCUUGUUUAUACAUUAAAACUAAUUAUCAUAAUAGGAAGCCUACAGUACGCUUAUUAUGCUCAAAAUCUAGAGUGGCUCCGCUUAAAUCGAUAACCUUACCUCGGCUUGAACUCUGCGCUGCACUAUUGUUAACAAGAUUAUACAAAAAUACCGUUAAGUCUUUGAAUUUCAAAGUAGAUAAUAAUUAUUUUUGGAGUAAUUCAAGUAUUACCUUGUGUUGGAUCAUCACGCGGCCAGAAAAAUUAAAACAGUUUGUAGGAAACAGAGUAGCGGAAAUACAAACUCUUAAUAAUAUAAUAUGGCGACAUGUACCGACAACGGACAAUCCGGCCGAUUUCAUUUCGCGCGGUAUUUACGGUCAUAAGUUAAUAAACAUGGACUUGUGGUGGUAUGGUCUAGCAUGGCUUAAAUUUGAAACUGACUCCUGGCCGUCAAUUUUUAAAGUAACGGAUAAUAUCAAUUUUGAAGUUCCCGAACAAACAAUUCAAAGAAAAAUAAAUACUUGUGCACAGAGGAUGGACGACAUGUUCCUACGAUUUUCUUGUUUUAAUAAACUCCAACGCGUAAUGGCUUAUUGUAUUAGGUUUAUUAAAAACUGCAAGAAUACGACUGUCGGACCGCUGACAGUAACCGAAUUACAAGAAUCAUUACACCAUAUUGUUAAAAUCGUUCAAAAACAAAAUUUUGAACACAUUCUCAAAUAUUUGAACAGCGGGUCUGCUUUUUUAGGAUUAAAUCUAGAUCUAGAGUCUAUUACGCGUUGGGGUCGAAUACAAAUGGCAAACAUAGAAUAUGAACAAAAGUUUCCAUUGUUAUUACCAGCCGAUAAUCAUUUAACAAAUUUAAUUUUAAAACGAGAACAUGUCUGUUUUUUGCAUGUCGGUCCACAGACCGUUCUAGCUAAUGUUAGACUGCAGUUUUGGCCAAUCAAAGGUAGAAUCGCAAUAAAACGUAUAAUCAAAAAUUGUGUGCGCUGCUUUCGUUUUAAUUCUACUAGUUCUCAGCAGAUAAUGGGAAAUCUAACAAUUGAACGAGUAACCAUAGCUCGUCCUUUUUUAAAUGCCGGAGUAGACUAUGCAGGCCCAAUCAAUUUGCGUACAAGUCGGCUACGAAAAGCACCGCAAAUGAAGGGCUACAUAGCACUUUUUAUUUGUUUUAGUACAAAAGCCAUACAUCUGGAACUAGUUACCAGUUUGACAACCGACGCAUUUAUAGCUGCUUUGAAACGUUUUAUCUCGCGCAGAGGCAAAUGCAGUAAAAAUUUUUCUGACACUGGUACAAAUUUCAUAGGCGCUAGGCACGAGUUACAUAAACUGUAUAAUUUGUUUAAAAAUGAGCAUAGCAGAAACGAGGUGAUUAACGCGGCUGCCGUAGAGGGCAUUGAGUGGAAAUUUAAUCCACCCAACGCACCACACUUUGGUGGUUUGUGGGAAAGCGCGGUAAAAUUAAUUAAGCAUCAUUUGCGAAAAGUAGUGGGAGAAACUUGUCUAACUUACGAAGAAUUUUCCACGGUUUUAACCCAAAUAGAAGCAAUAGUUAAUUCAAGGCCAAUUACAAGUGUUUUUGAUGAUAGUAAUGAACCCACGUUUUUAAGUCCCGGACAUUUUUUGAUAGGUGAAGCACUUACCGCAUUUCCGGAACCCAGCUUAAUCGACGUGACGUUAAGUAGAUUAUCACUUUGGCAACAACUUAAUCAAUUAAAAGAUAAAUUUUGGAAACGUUGGUCCAUAGAGUAUCUCGGUCAGCUUCAGAGUCGUUACAAAUGGAAAACUUCCUCAAAAAAUUUCAAAAUAGACGACAUAGUUCUUUUAAAGGAAGAUAAUUUACCUCCAUUAAGCUGGUUACCGGGUCGCGUUAUAGGCAUUGCAAUCCGCAAAGUUAAAAAUGUGAGAGUAGCUACAGUAAAAGCAAAAAAUGGCAUAUUUAUAAGGCCAAUUGUUAAAUUGUGCCCCUUACCGGUAGGAGAUGUAGAAUAG